CUUUCAAAAUAGGAUUGAACUACGCAUUCGGCAUAUCGCUCUUUCCCUUGGUAUGUAUGUACUCAACUUGACGCGUCUGACUUUCGCAUACUGGGGCAUUAUCUCGAAGUACUAAAAGUACACCUAAUGCCAUAUUGAGGGCCCCAGGAUCGCACUAGGCCCUUGAAUUCAGUCGCUCUCCCAACUGAGCAAUGACUCUCAUCCUCCAUUCAACCUCUCCCGACGUUUACAACGACAUCGUCAAAGGUAUUCAAGGCUGCAGGCUAUAUUCCUCGUAGGCUGGUGCUUUGAACGUGAGGUAGCAAAAUUCUUAAUGCUACACCUUCAUUACGGGAACCCAGAAUCGAACUGGGUUGUUAGUCUGCUGCUCUCCCAAGUGAGCCAUGGCGCUCUUCCCUUCUCAUCGAACACUACUCCAAUUUCCGUACGUUGGUGCCCCAUUCUUGUUUCGGCAUUCGCGUCGUAUUCUCGAUGGAUUUCGGUACCGGAAUACUGCUUGACGCGUCUUCUUCGUGGCAAAAACGAUAACACUAGAAGACACAUGCACUGAGGACACCCUGGAUUCGAUUGCUCUCCCAGCUGAGCAACGCCUCCCCUGACCCUGCCCCCAACGUUGACCUUGGUUACAUAUGGCUUUCAACGUGAUCCCAGGGUUACCAAAAAAAACCUACUCGGAAAAAUAUCAUUAUUGCAGGAACCCAGGAUCGAACGGGGAUGUUAGUUGCUGUCGACUGAGCUAACGUUCCCACAAAUACUAUCCCGAUUAUCGUGCCCUCCCUCUACAUUUGGU